AUGAAGAAAUCUAACCGUAGUUGUUUGAAUGAACCAGACAAUUUUUGUUAUAUUUGUGGGCAAUUUACACCUCGUGAUCAGCGAAAAAAUUUGUCAAACAGAAUAAAGAUUGCCUACUACCAUUACUUUGGAGUAAAGGUGGCGGAUCAAGAAAGAACCUGGGCUCCACAUCUUUGCUGCAGUGUUUGCUACGUAGUUCCCCACAGUGUUGAAUAUCCUGUUCCAACUCCUCCUACAGACAUUGUUCUUUAUAGCGAAGAAGAACAAAGUGGUGAUGAAAAGGUUGAUGUUGAAUACAAACCAGAUUACGACAAAGAUAAACCUCACAUGAUCACGCAGGGAGAACUUAGUGAUCUGGUAAGGGACCUUGGGUUAACUAAAAAUAAAGCAGAACUCCUGGGGUCUAGAUUACAUCAAUGGAAUUUACUGGACAGAGGAACUAAAAUAUCCCAUUUUCGUGACCGGCACACCGAAUUUGCAAAAUUUUACAACAAAGAGGACAAUAUAUGUUACUGUGUAGACAUUGCUGGGUUAAUGACAAAAUUGGAUGAUGAGUAUGAUCCUGUAGAUUGGCGUCUGUUUAUUGAUUCUAGUAAAGUCAGUCUAAAAGCAGUUCUGCUACAUAACGGAAAUGUUAAACCAUCCAUUCCUGUAGCCCAUGCAGUGGGUAUGAAAGAAACAUAUGAAUCUAUGAAGACACUUCUUAAAGUUAUAAAUCGUGAUGAUGCAAAUCACUAUCUCGUCAAAGACUGGCCUGCGAGAAUUGAUCCGGUACCUGGACAAUUUAACAUUCUUCACGAAUCGUUGGUGAAUCCUGACAAAAUCUUCCUUCCUCCUCUUCAUAUCAAAUUAGGAAUAUUUAAAAACUUUGUCAAGGCGCUACCUACUGAUUCGAAAGGAUUUAUUUAUCUUAAAGAUAAAUUCAAAACCACUCUCACAAACGCAAAGAUAGCUGCAGGAGUUUUUACUGGACCACAGAUACGUGAAGUUAUUCGUGACCCAAAUUUCAAAUUACAACUAGAGCCUGUGGAGUUGCUGGCUUGGGAAGCGUUUGUGGCACUGGUUCAGAAUUUUUUAGGAAACCACAGAUCAGAAGACUAUGUGAACUUGGUAGAAAACUUCAUAAUGGCAUACCAAAACAUGGAAAAAGAAGAAGAAGAAAAAGAAGAAGAAAAAGAAAAAGAAGAAGAAAAAGAGGAAGAGGAAGAAAAAGAAGAAGUAGAAGAAUAUUAA